AUGAUCACAAACUUAACGACGCCGAUCCCCGGCGGCGGCGGCCGUGGCGGCGGCUGCCCACCAGUCGGUAUUCAAUUGGAGGGAGUGAUCUUGCCCCCAGUCCUCACCAUCGACGUCAUACUGGGACUUCUGGGAAACAUAGUCGCUCUGUGGAUUUUCUGUUUUAAAUUGAAGGCUUGGAACCCCAACAACUUGUUCCUCUUCAACCUGGUAAUUGCUGAUUUCAUGGCUCUGGUGAGUCUGCCUCUCAGGAUUGAUGCCUUGCUCAGGGGCCACUGGGUGUUUGGCGACGGCUUGUGUAGGAUCAAUCUCUUCCUGAUGUUUUCCAACCGCUCGGCCAGCAUCGCACUCAUGACUGUGGUGGCAGUUUAUCGCUACUUUAAGGUGGUCCACCCUCACCAUCGCUUCAACCGUAUGACCAAGAGACAGGCAGCAUAUGUGUCAGUGUUUGUCUGGCUGUUGGUCAUCAGUCCUCGGGUUCCUAUGCUGGCUUACAACCACAUUAAGGGCAGUGGGAAUGGCACCCAGUGCUUCUUCUUCACUUCUUACAAAGAGGCGUCUCGCGCCAUCAUCAUUCUGAUCGCCAUGCACCGCAUCCUGACGGUGCUGGAGUUCAUCAUCCCAAUAGUCAUGCUGCUAUUCUGCUCUAUCCGGAUUUCCAGCUUCUUGAGAGAGCGGCAGAUAGGCAAACCUGACAAGGUGCGCAAGGCGAUGCGGGUGUGCGCCGCCAUCGUCGCUGUGUUCAUGGUGUGCUUCUUACCCACCACGGUGACGACCAUUGGGGUGUGGGUCAUCCGCUCGCAGAGCCCGUUGAACUGUUCUGCUUUCUACACUUUCACUCAGCUCACCAUCGUGUCUUUUGGGCUGAACUUCCUGAACUCAGCUCUGGACCCCAUCGUGUACGUCUUCUCCAGCUCCAUGUUCAGGAAAGCUCUCUGCAGCUCGCUUCCCCGCUUCCUGCGUUGCGGUCAGGAUGCAGGAGAUGCUGAGAAGUCUGCAUCUUCAUCUGGAAGUCAGUCAACCAACCAGCAGGAACUGAAAUCCCUGAGGUCUGACAGACAGAGUGAAGCCAUGCAAUAA